CACGAACAUUUCCCCACUUGUGCGAAAUGUCAGCGUUGUAUUCUACUUGUCGUCGUAACCUAUGUUGAUAGUCUACCACCAACCCAAUUUCAUUCAUUUGGGCCCGUUGAGAGGCACAAGGGUUCUGUUGCUACUAGUAGGCUACAUGCAAACGUUGCGUUGCAGGAAGAGGGCGGCUCUUUUUUUAAAGCAGUGUCUCUUAACGCUUUUGCGCCGUGUUUUUUUAAAACAUUUUUAUGUCUGAUCUAUUCGUCUCUAGGGUGGGUGGUGUCACAGUAGUACUACAAUGAUCGAACGACCAGAAUCUGCAGUUGCCAGCAUUGCACAGAGGAAUCUGGAGGGGUAUGUGGGGUUCGCCAACCUCCCAAACCAGGUGUACAGGAAGUCAGUGAAGAGGGGCUUUGAGUUCACACUAAUGGUUGUUGGGGAGUCUGGAUUGGGGAAAUCCACGCUCAUCAACUCCCUCUUCCUGACUGACCUGUACUCCAAGGAUUACCCAGGGCCAUCCCUACGGAUCAAGAAGACUGUUCAGGUGGAGCAGUCCAAGGUUCUGGUGAAGGAAGGGGGUGUCCAACUCACACUCACCAUCGUCGAUACACCAGGGUUCGGAGAUGCAGUGGAUAAUAGUAACUGCUGGCAGCCUGUCAUUAACUACAUUGACAGUAAGUGUGAGGACUUCCUGAAUGCGGAGUCCCGGGUGAACCGAAGACUGAUGCCAGACAACCGGGUUCACUGCUGCCUGUACUUCAUUGCCCCCUCUGGCCACGGGCUGAAGCCCCUGGACGUUGAGUUUAUGAAGCGUCUCCAUGACAAGGUCAACGUGAUCCCUCUCAUCGCCAAGGCAGACACCCUGACACCUGAGGAAUGCCAGCUAUUCAAGAAACAGAUCAUGAAGGAAAUCCAAGAACACAAGAUUCAGAUCUAUGAGUUUCCUGACACAGAGGACGAUGAGGACAGCAAGCUCAUCCGGAAGAUCAAGAUGCCUCUGGCAGUGGUUGGCAGCAAUGUGGUGAUCGAAGUAAACGGCAAGAAGGUCAGAGGUCGUCAGUACCCCUGGGGCGUGGCAGAAGUGGAGAACGGGGAGCACUGUGACUUUACUGUGUUACGGAACAUGCUGAUCAGGACCCAUAUGCAAGAUCUGAAGGAUGUGACCAACAAUGUCCACUAUGAGAACUACCGCAGCAGGAAGCUUGCUGCCGUCACCUGCAAUGGAGGAGUGGACACCAGCAAGACCAAGAACCAAAUGACCAGGAGCCCCCUGGCCCAGAUGGAGGAGGAGCGGAGGGAACAUGUCAUGAAGAUGAAGAAGAUGGAGACUGAGAUGGAGCAGGUGUUCGAGAUGAAAGUCAAGGAGAAGAAACAGAAACUGAAGGACUCUGAGGCUGAGCUGGAGCGACGCCACGAGCAGAUGAAAAAGAACUUGGAGGCUCAGUAUAAGGAACUGGAGGAGAAGAAGCGCCACCAUGAGGAAGAGAAGUCAAACUGGGAGGCACAGCAACGUAUACUGGAGCAGCAGAAACUUGAGGCUUCUAAGACCAUGGAAAAGAACAAAAAGAAAGGAAAAAUCUUUUAAGAGUUGAACCUAUUCCUCCUUAUGAAAAAUUACAAACUUGUUUUUACAUCGUUUUAGAUUGUCACACGAUCUGUAACCCGCAAACCACACCACACACACACACACACACACAUAUUGUACUAUAGUAGACAUUCCAUACCAACAUUCCAAAUGUAUGUUUCUCUUGCAGUACAUGUCAGACAUGGACCUCACACAUCACUAACUGACUCUCAUACAGUACAUACAACACACCCCAAUUACACACACACACACACACACACACACACACAGCCACAUCGCUCUCUUGGAGUCUCUGCCAAAACCUUAACCUUUUAUGUGGGAAUGCAUGUGAAAGUCAAUGCCUAUUCUUGACAUGGAGGAAAUGAUGUCCCUCUGAUCUUUGGAGUUUUACACAUGGCAGGCACCAUGCAUAGUCAUCCUUUACACAAGUGUACUACAGACUGUUUUCUAGAUGCUGCUCUGGCCACUUAACUCGCCUGUUUCUUCCAGCAGAGGCAGCUCAAGUCUUAGACUAUUCACAAGCACACUCCAUUGUGACAUGUGUAAACACAUAAUCAUAUACAGUCUGAAAUUCCCCGAACACCUGGUACAUGUGCAUGUUAAACACCACACUUGGGAGUGUGUGUACAGGGGGGGGGGCAAUGUAGGUGGUCAUUAAGGGUUUGAGUCAGGUCGGAGAGUACAAGAAAAAAGGAAAAUAAUUGUGUGGAAUGAUAACAGUGAAAAGCCAAGACCAGAUGAAUAAGCCAGGUUCAGGAAAAGGGAUGACCUAUCUCAAAUGUGUGUGUGCGCGCGCGUCUGUGUAUAACUGUAAACUAUGUGUUUGAGGUCCUAGAUAAUGCCUGAUAAUGCAAUCAGAACCAUGCCUCCGAUUUUUACUAAUAGAACACACAUAACGUUAACAGGAACAUUGUCAGUGUCAUAGCAACAUUCUGGAUACUGAAGUAGAUAAUCAUGUCCCUAUUAUAUAGAUGAUAUUACACAAAUUGCAUGGGUGUCUAAAACAAUGAUAACCGUGACUGUUUUAUUAUGUGAAGUGAUGGAUUUUGUGGAAGCCCUGAACCUAAAGCCCUAUCUAUCCCUUGUCCUCUCUCUCCCUGACUCGUCCUCUGUUCUAAAGACUGUGCUGAAAGCUCUAUAUGCAUGGGUUUGUCCCAAACACAUGGUGAGACUAACACUAAGCCACACUGUGUGACACCUCAAAACCCUUACCUCUCUGAGGAUCGUCAAGUUUUAUUUUAAUAUAUAAUGUAUGGUUGGAGAACUAAGAUUUCUUAAACCCAGUAGGAUCAUUACAGUAAGUGGUUCAUAAGACAAUAUUUUAGCCUAGUCUUGAUUUUACAAACCUGUAGAAUCUUAACAGAUGCAUCGAAGACAUGCAAAAGGGACAGACGCGUACAACACACAUCUAAUAUCUAACCCCUGUACUUCUCCUCUGGUUCACAUUCAUAAUGGAAAUGACUAAAUUGUUAUAUCAUUCACAACUGAACACAAACUCAAAAUCCCUGUGAAUUAACAGAAGACAACCUUUGACCCAACCUAUACUGGUCAGUAAAAGGCUCAGUUGAGCAAAGUUCUGAAACAAACGUUUUCUAAAUAGUACUUUAACCAAUCCCUUAUCCUAGAAACCCCAUAAAAGGUAGUUAGGAUUUUUAUUUUUUUUAUUUUUAUAUGUACACUGUUUUCAACUUUAUUCGGUUCUUCCUUUUAUCAUCUGUUCUCUAACUGUACAUUAUUAUAUUAAAGAUGAGACUUAUGUUUAA